GCAGAACUCACUUUUCUAUCUUUAUGUCUUUCAGUGAUCAAAAUAUAUAAAAAUAGCAAUAACUUAAUCCCAUUCCACAAAAUACCCAGAAGUUCUUAACCAGUAGCAAGAUUACUUUUUGGCGUGAAUACAAACAGGCGUAGGCUUUCAAUACCAGCCUCGUUCUGGCGUGCAUCCCAGUUUACCACCCGUUAAAGUGUGUUAUGGAUAAUUGCAGUGUAACUUUGAUGGCCAUUUAUGUUAAGGCUGAAACACACUUUACAUAAUGGAAGGUCGGUACGUUGGCUUUGAUAUCGGUGUUCUUCUGCAAGGCUGUGUUGUUAGCGAAUUUGGCUUUAAUACAAAGUCAAAGUCCUCCAGCAGAAAUCGGCUAACGUUUGUUAAUCAAUAAACGUUUGAUAAUCAAUUUCAAAUGCUGCCUGUAUGUACGUAGGGUAAUGAAGUUUAGUUAACAUUAUGCGACGAGAUGACUGAGCAAAACAAGGUUUAAAUUGGCUAAAUAUUCCACGCCUGUUGGGCAAACCUGUAAAACCUAAAUCUGUUCAGGAUUGUACAUGUUGGUCUCAGUUCUAACUGUGAGAUCAGUGAUAGAUAGUGAAAUACUGACUGGUUUGUUUAAGGGGGCGUUGCAUUGAAGUUUUAAAGUUUUAGAAUUUCGAAGCAGAUAUUUGACUCCAGUCUGAACUGGUCAGGGAACACUACCAUGCAAAGUCUAAGUUUUAUCUCUAGGCAAACAAAAAUAAAGUAGGUCUACUGGUCCUCUGGACUGUCAACGUGGUUCCCAACAUGAAGAAUUCUGUGUGAAUGAUGUGAAAGCUGUGUCUGCUGGAGCUGAGAGAGAGAGAAUUGAUCACUAGCAAUACGGAAAACUGAAAUACAAGAACACUCCAGAAAGACAGACCCAUAUAUGGAAGCCACGAUGAAGAAGGGCAAGAUUCUUUCUAGCCUUCCUGCCGAGAAGUAUGACUAUAAUCUGCUCAUCUUUGGAGGAGAGUCAGGAGGCCUGACUCUGGCCAAGGAGGCAGCUGCUUUAGGUCAGAGGGUGCUCAUUCUAGACCCUCUGACUCCAUCUUCUAAAGGGAUCAAGUUCAAAGGUCCAAAUGUGAGUGGCUGUGAUGUGAGUGUCCUUAAGAAGUUGCUGCAUCAGGCUGCUCUACUGGGCCAGAGCCUAAAGGAUGCACCCACCUAUGGAUGGAAGCUCCAGCAGCCUGUGCCUCACAGCUGGAGUGAGUUGACAGAUGCCCUGCAGCAGAGAGUGAAGACCCUGAGCUUUGAGCUCAGACAGGAGCUGCGGAGUCGUAACAUCACUUACCUGCACACUCACGCAGAACUGCAGGACCCCCACACUGUACAGGCAACUGAUGCAAAAGGGGAGCAGACAAGCCACACUGCAGAAACCAUUGUGAUCGCCACGGGAGACAGGCCACACUACCCAGACAUCCCUGGAGCCAGAGAACAUUGCAUCACCUGCGAUGACCUGUUCUCUCUGCCGUACUCCCCGGGCCGGACCCUGGUGGUGGGGGGGACAGGAGAGGCGCUGGAGGCCGCCGGCUGGCUGUUGGGUUUGGGUCUGGACGUGAGCAUCAUGCAGCCCUCCUUCCCGCUGAAAGCCUACGACCAAAAGGUGGUCAAAAAGAUAGAGGACCACAUGUAUGUACAGGGGGUCGACUUCCUGCAUGGCUACAUGCUCACAAAGGUAGAGCAGAUUAAGGCAGGCAGUCCGGGGAAACUGAAGGUCACAGCUCUUUCUUCUGGAGGGGAUGAAGCAUAUGAAGACCAGUUCAACACGGUACUCCUGGCCAUAGGCAGGGAUGCCUGUACAAAUGACAUUGGCCUGGAGAAAGCUGGGGUGCAGCUCAACCAGAGAACAGGGAAGAUGGCUGUGAACACUGAGGACCAGACCGGUGUGGCACACAUCUAUGCCAUCGGAGCUGCAGAGCAGGGAAGACAGGCUCACUCAGGCCUCUCCAUGCAAGCGGGACGCCUGCUGGCUCAGAGGCUGUAUGGAGGCAAAGACACUAAGUGUGACUACUCCAGCGUCCCCACAAUGCUGUUCACACCCAUGGAGUACGCAGCCUGCGGCCUUACAGAGGAGACCGCUUGCCAGAAGUUUGGAGAUAGCAACAUAGAGGUCUUCCACAGUCACUACUGGCCACAGGAGUGGACUCUGCCCAGGAGGAACAAGAACUCCUGCUAUGCCAAAGUCAUCUGCCACAUCUCAGACAAUCAGCGUGUGUUAGGGGUCCAUGUCCUGGGCCCCAGCGCUGGUGAGAUCAUUCAUGGCUUCGCCACGGCCCUCAGGUGUGCCCUGACCAAAGAUCAGCUGGAUGCCACCGUAGGGCUCCACCCUAUGUGUGCAGAGGUCUUGACAAACCUGACACUCACCCAACGUGAGACUGAGGCCAUGCUGGUAAAGGGAAAUUGCUGAGGUUAAUGCCCUGCUGUCAUUCACGCGCAUCCAUGGCAACAUCAAACUGCCAUAUUUUCCAUCUCUAGUUUGGAGAUUUGUUCCCAUGGAUGCGGACAGCAGGGAAGUCCCAGGAUACAGGUCCUGGGUGUGGUGUGAUGGACAGCAAGGCAGUUCUAAAACUGACCAAUGACGUCCCAGCCUGGAGCCUGGGAACAGGUGGGCGGAGACUGAUGAACUGCUGCCAUCAAACUAAAGUCUUAAUUUUCUAUCACUCUUUUGAGUUUAGUCAUUGUGCUUUACCACAACCAAGAAUUGUCCCUGAUGGUGCAAUGAAGCAAAACUAUUAAAGAUAGGCAUUUCAUGAAUUUAAUCUUUUCAGUCUGAUUAAUUUGGUUUUCUGUUGCAAUGACUGACUUCCUGCUCUAGGGCGGUGAUUUGCAUUUAUUUGCAUUGCAGAUGAGAAGAAGUUCUAAUGCUCUUAUAGUGUGUGUUUCAGCUGGAGAAAAAUGAUAACUUCUGAAUUUGUGAGAGAACAAUACAAUUAUAUUCCAAAAGUUCAAAAUUAAUGUUGUAUUGAGUGUAUAACAGUUCUCGUGUGCUUAUUGAUUUGAAAUUUGAAAGCUUUUCCAGAGUUUUUAUAGUUCACAUGAUAGCCUAAUAACUGCACACCUAAUACUAUGUAGUAAGGACCUUGCAGCUGUGUAUAGCUAUGUAAACUUUCCAUGAGAAAUCCCUUAAUUGAAUCUCCUCUAUAAUGAUGUAUACCUUCAAGCCUACAAUAAAAUGAAUUGAUUGCAUUC